AAUUAAUCCACAAAUCAUUUGAUUCGUCAUUCAGAUUCUUGAUUCUCGUGAUUCACAUCAGGGGAGAGAGGGAGGGAGGGAGAGAGAGAGAGAGAGGGAGCGACAAGAUCGCUCGUCAGACUCGCGAACCCCGCACUUGUUCAUCCAUGGCCUCGGGUAACGGUCAUCGAUGGGGUAUGUUCCCAUCUGGAAAGCUUUUCCCCCCUCAGCGUGUGCACGCCCCGCUAAACCUCUCCUGAUCACCUCCACCGUCCUAGCAUGUCUUGUGCGCCAACACCGCGAGACUUGCAAACCUUUAGCCACUGGCCGAAUCUGCCCUUCUGCUGAUACACCAACUCUUCGACAUCGGGGAGCAAGCACAUCCAACGAUUUGGGUGGACCACUUUGCGAUGUCGUCCAUAGCAGAGGUGGCUGCGCGAUCCAGCCUGCGCUUACCCAACGGCAUAGCGCCUCAUCUUCAAGGGUUGAGCGACCAUGUGCACGUUCCCGCCACCUUGCCUCGCAAAUGGCACUUCUACCCCGCCAUGGCCUUGGCAGGCUGGGUGUGGAGCGUGACGCCAACAUCUUGGAUCAUCUUCCUCGCCGCUCUGUAUCGAAGAUGCACUGGACUCGACAAGCAUUCCAACUGGCUGGCGUGGGGUUUGGGUGCCUCUUCCAGUUCGCCCCUGAUCGGCAAAUUCUUCUUCUACUACUCUUUCCUAGAAGUUCCCUUCUCCAUCUACCUCUUUCUGCUCACCCGCAAAGCCAACAGGAGAACACCACCUCCCAAAGUGGACAACAAGACGUUGGAGGAUCUGAUGUUGCAGUGUUUGGAUGUCGGCUUGGCCGCUCAUCCUCCUCGCCGACGAGGUGCGGGCAAGCACGCUCAAGAAGAUUCCAAGUUCGAAACGCACGUCGUCUCGGAUCAAGAAGCAGCGGUGGCGUGGAAGAGGUUGAUGCGAUGGUUCUACUUUGAAGAUCCAAACGAGAUCAAGGCGGACAACGUCAGACAAUGGCUGGCUUGGGCAUUUGCUGGACGAGAAUUGGAGGAAUGCAAAGGCGACAAGGACUUGGAAUACAUCAUUGAGAGAGCUUUCAAUUUGGUGCAGGCAAGACUCAAGCAUACUUUUGCGCCGGGAUUCAACACUUCGAUGAAAACAUUGAGGCUAACCCUCGACCCUGUGGCCACUCGAUCGAGACCACUUGGGUACUAUGCCGUCUGCAAUGGAAUUACGGGUGCGACCAAAGCUUGGCUUCGUCAUUCCCACGGCUUCAGAUACGAGCAAGUCGGCGAUUGCGCAUUCCUGGUCAAGGAUGCGGUCAGCAAAGCCCACUCCGGGGUCAAUGGGGUCAACGGCAAGUCGCACUCCAAGCCUUUGCCGAUUCUUUUCUUGCACGGUCUGGGUAUUGGAUUGGGACAGUAUGCCGCUUUCCUAAAGUAUUUGGCUCGCUAUGAGCACGGAGUGUAUAUCCUUCUGCAGCCCAACAUCAGCGCGGAUAUCUGGCACAAGCAUUAUCUGGAUGCUCCGAACAAGGACCAGCACAUUGCGUCUGUCAAAUCGCUGGCCAAGCGGCACAAGAUUGAAUCUUUCCAAGUGCUAAGCCACAGCAACGGCACGAUGGUCACAGGCUGGGUUGCUAGAGGAGCUCCAGAGCUCUGCAAGAAGCACGUCAUUGUGGAUCCCGUAUCUUUUAGACUUUGGGAAGGCGCCACUUGCUACGCGUUCAUCGCACGGCCUUGGGCCACUGGUGUCGAGGUGCUGCUGGGUUACUUUGUCGCGAGAGAAUUGGGGAUCGCGCAUACCAUUGCCAGACGCUUCAUUUGGAGCGAUAUGCUUUUGUGGGUGCAUGAUCUACCAGAAGUGCUCACGCCGGACAACGUGCAGCUGAUUUUUGGCGAGCGCGAUAUGCUGCUCGACGUUCCAGCAUCAGUGGACUACCUCAGGUCAGCAGGUGUACCUGCUGAAUGCAUUCACGUGUUGCCAAAAUAUCAGCAUGGCAAGGCUCUCUUCAUUGAUGCAAAGGGCAUGCACAUCGCUCUGCAUGCUCUAGGCAUGGAAUGAGCACUUUUCAACGCACACAAGAGUCCGUCACCUACCGGAAGAAGUGCCGCAUCAAGCGCUUGAGGCGUGCUACUUUUGUCCAAAAGUGUUCUUAGAACCCCCUAGCCUGACACACUA